UAAUAAUCGAAUUUUUGUGAGAAAUUACACUUUUAUAUAUUACAUAAAUUGUUUUCAGGUGAAUAUCACAUCUGGUGACAUUCAAGUUUCCUUGGUAGAUGACCCCGCAUUGGGUAUAAACUACAUAGUGGAUGCAGGUGGAUCUGGAGUGCUUUCGUCAUCCUUCGAAAGUGACGGUGACUGUACUCUGGAAAUUACAACAUCUACUGGGACCAUUGACAAGUUAUCCCAAAGUACCAAUGCAUCGGAUGAAAACAGUAACACCUCUCAACAAUCUACCGAGGAACCUAUUUUCGUCAAAGGAAUGCUUGCUCUCUGUCCACACUGCGGCUACAGUUCACUACCCUUGAACCGAUGUGAAAGAUGUAAAACAAAAUUAAAUAUUGAGGAAGUCAAGCCAAUACCCAUACCAGAGGGGAAGGAGACUGGGAUGUCUGUCGAUAUGUUCUAUAAGAAGAACAACGAACGAAAUACUAUGAAAUUGGAGAAAACAGAACGAGACGGUCCUACAUGCAAGCGGCCCAGAGCAAAGGGUAAGGGUACAGCUUCAAAACCAAAGCCUAUUCACAAAGAACCAGAAUGUUUGACAAUAUCUUCUGACGAAGAGGAAGAAGGCAGGACUAAAAAAGUAGGAAGCGUUACUAGUAACGCAGUAGUAGGCAAUGCAACUAACGCUUUUAACGAAGAAGUGGACACAAUUCUGGAUAAAGAACCAAUAAUUACAAAUUCUAGUGCAUGUGACAUGUUUGGAAUGGAUAAUGAAGAAAAUAGUAAAGAGAUAUAUGAAAAUCAGAACUUUUUAGAUAUUGGGCAACAACCACAAACUGCUCUAGAGUGUCGGACGGUCAGAAUAGGUUCUUACAAAUAUAUUCCUCGGGAUAAAGUAGUGAUUUCCCAUACUGGUGUAAGAUUUAGCGUACCUUUGUUAGAAGAUAAUAAUAGUUUUGUUAUUUUGGAUGUGAAAUAUAGAGAUAUAAUUAAACUUUUAAUUCAUUUUGGAAAGACAAUGCCAGUACUAUUCUUUUAUACGUCUACAAGUACAGGAGCUAUGAUACGCGAAUUAUUAGGAAUGCAAGAUCCAAAAGGGCCAUAUUAUGACCCUGCUGGAAAAGAUCACACACAUAAACGUAUUACGUUAUUACCGGAUAGGUUACCGGAUGAUUCAAAGGCAAUACUAACAAGUUUAUUCUCACGGGGAGAUAAAAUUGACGAAUUGAAUCCUAAGGAAGCAAACGAUAUACUUAUACGGGCAUCACCAAGAGAUUGUCAACAAUCGCUUAUUACUACACGGAAGGCGAAUCAAAAUUCAGUAAAUACCACCACGGCUACCAAUGAUGACAUACAAACAAUAACUGUGUAUCCACCACCUCCUGCAAAAGGAGGAAUAGCCAUCAACACUGAAGAUUAUGUGUGUCUCGCCGAAGAUCAGUUUUUGAAUGAUGUGAUUAUAGACUUUUACUUAAAGUAUUUGACCUUAGAGGUAUUAUCAGAAUCUGAUCAACAUAGAACUCACGUGUUCAGUUCGUAUUUUUACAAACGUUUAACUAGCCCGCAUGCCCAAGCUGCUGAAAGUACAGUACCAAUGACACCUGCUGCCAAGCGGCACGCAAGAGUACAGAAGUGGACGAAGAAUGUUAAUAUAUUUGAAAAAGAUUUUAUUAUAAUUCCUAUAAAUGAACACGCACAUUGGUUCUUGGCUAUCAUUUGUUUUCCUGGAUUAGUUGGAAAAAUAUCCACCUGUGCUACGAAACCUAGCGAAAAUGACGUUAACAAGACUCCGCAAAAGAGCAAAAAGAUAAAAGAGCUGAAAACAAAAGCUGUCACAAUUGGCUCUACAACAAUCACUCCUGUACCAACGACCAUAACGAUAGACCAGCUAGAUGAUGGAUCAGAAAGAGACGAGGCAGAAGGCGACGAUGAAGAAAUGGAAAUGGAGAGCGACGAAGAGGAAGAGACUGAUCAACCUAUGACGGAAGAAAAUAAAACUCAGACUAACGUCGUUAAACUUGAAACGCAGAAGGAAACUGUUAAGCUCCCUUGCAUAUUAAUAUUCGACUCACUUGCUGGCGCUAGUAGAUCACGGGUAGUUGCUACGUUAAGAGAUUAUUUAAGUUGUGAACAUGUUGCCAAACUGGGUGUAGAAAAAACAUUUUCGAAAGAUACUAUUAAGGGAGCAUGUCCAAAAGUACCCCAGCAAUCAAAUUUUACUGAUUGCGGAUUGUAUGUAUUGCAGUACGUGGAAAGUUUUUUCAAGGAUCCUAUUCAAGAUUAUAUUUUGCCAAUUAAAAUCUUGAAAAAUUGGUUCGAAGAGAUUGUCGUAACGAGAAAAAGAGAAGAGUUAUCGAACCUGCUGAUUAAAUUGAUGAAUAACACCAAAGGGGAUAAAACUAUUAAUUUGCCUACCGUAAAUUUCCCAACGCAAGAUGGCAAGCUUAAACCGAAAGUCGAAAGUCCGACAGACGCAAAAACUGCGAAGUCAGAAUCCGAGAAUAAAAAAAAAUCAAGUGAUGUAGAGACACGAAUUUCGUUUGUGACUGAAAACACUGAGUCAACUAACGAGUUUGGCGGUAGAACUGCCUAUCAGAUCAUUCCUUAUCCUUUGAGUUCUAAUUCUAAUAAUGAGAAUAAUUCAACGGAAAUUUCGACGGAACAGAAAAAUACAAGGUCAUCUACCGAAACAAUGUCCUACUUGAAAGCUAAACGAAUUCCUAGGCUAGUAUCAAGAACACAGAAUCAAGAUGACUCUCCUAGUGCUAAAAAGCCCAAAGGGGAGUCCUUCAAUUCUUGUAAAUAAAUGUUUCUUUUUUACAGUGAUAAGAUUAGUGUUAAUCCACAUUCGUAAAAUUUGAUGAAAUCAUUUAUUUGAACUAUAUAAAAUAAUGUAGUUAAUUCAUGAAGCGAAUAAAACUGCAGAUAUGAUUUCUGAUU